AUGAACACUUCACUUCUUCAUUCUCUAAUUAUUGGAACCCCAGUCAGCUUGGCAACAUAUAAUCAACUGCAGAAGUUAUUCAACAGAUGCUUACCUGAUCCUGCCACAUCAUCAAAGCAAAGUAGAGUAUAUUCGGUUAUAAACAAGAUUGGAAGGAAGGCUGAUCGUCUUUCACAAGGAGUAAAAGAACAUGUGAAAAUGGGGCCAACAAUAACUGGCACAGUUAUGGGGAAGUUAAGCCUUGGGGCUAGAAUUCUUCAAGUUGGUGGAGUAGAGAAAAUCUUUAACCAAUACUUUACUGUGAGAAAAGGGGAGAGAUUGUUGAAAGCUUCACAGUGCUAUCUAUCAACAACAUCAGGCCCUUUAGCAGGUCUUCUCUUCAUCUCCACAGAAAAAGUUUCCUUUUGCAGUGAGAGAUCAAUUAAAGCCUAUUCUCCAAAUGGUGAAAUGUGCAGGAUCCGCUAUAAGGUUGCAAUUCCACUGGAGAAGAUCAAGUGCGUGAACCAAAGUCAAAAUGUUCAGAAGCAAACACAAAAGUAUAUAGAGAUAGUUACAGAAGACAAUUUCGAGUUUUGGUUUAUGGGAUUCUUAAAAUAUCAGAAAACUUUCAAGUAUCUCGAGCAGGCAAUUUCUCAAGCUUAGGAUGAACAGCUGAAGCCAACACUCUUGUGCUUAGAGAUCCAAGACAUGAAUAAUCUGUAACAUAUUAGAAUAUAGAUGAAAGGAGGAAUGAAGCUACAUAUUAUAGGCUUUUGCUCUAAGGAGGUGGUCAUGCAUGGCAGAAGAAAAAUAAUGCAUAUGCUGACUCACCAUGUAGUGGAAAAGAAGAGGAAAAUAAUGUGAAAUGAGGUAGAAAACUAUGAGGGAAUCCCAAGAACCAAGGAAUUAAGUUCAGUGAUGCAGCAA